UCAGUUCCAGUCGGUAUGUCGGCCACCCAAGUGCUUUUCUCCUGCCUGCCGCCGCUGCUGCUGCUGCUUCAUCUUCCGCCGGAGGUUAUCGCGAAUGGUGCACCGUGCCCGCCGACAGUCAAUGUCGCUGCGAGUCCCAAUCCCUGUGUCCUGCAACCCGCCAAUCCCUGUGGAACUGGUCAGGUGCAAUCCGGGGGCAGCACCGUGGUGAAUGUUUUCACUGGCGGCAGCUACGGACAAACUGUGGCAGGAUGCGGCAACGCAGCUCAGACUCCGGGGAGCUCUGUGCAGCCGAGUCCUUGCCCCAAUACUCCAAUUCAGCCGAGUCCUUGCCCCACUGCUCCUAUCCAGCCGAGUCCUUGCCCCAAUACGCCCGUUCAACCAAGUCCUUGCCCCAAUACACCAGUGCAGCCGAGUCCUUACCCCACUGCUCCUAUCCAGCCGAGUCCUUGCCCCAAUACGCCCGUCCAACCAAGUCCUUGCCCCAAUACACCAAUUCAGCCGAGUCCUUGCCCCAAUACACCAGUGCAGCCGAGUCCUUGCCCCAAUACGCCCGUUCAACCAAGUCCUUGCCCCAAUACACCAAUUCAGCCGAGUCCUUACCCCACUGCUCCUAUCCAGCCGAGUCCUUGCCCCAAUACACCAAUUCAGCCGAGUCCUUACCCCACUGCUCCUAUCCAGCCGAGUCCUUGCCCCAAUACACCGGUGUAUCCUUACCCCAAUACGCCCGUCCAGCCCAGCCCCUGCCCAAAUACACCUGUUCAGCCUAUGCCCAGCCCUCCGGCAGUUCCUCCCACCGACCCACCUCCAAUUUACACCCAACCCACUCAUGCUCCUCCCACCAAUCCUCCUCCCACCUACGCGCCAACUCCCACCUACCCACCACCCACGUAUCCAACACCUGUGCCCACAACCACGCCACCGCCUGCCCCCAUCAUGCAGUGUCCGCCGGGAACGAUCCUGGUGAAGGGCGUCUGUCGCCUGGUGUACUGUGGGACAGGCCGCUAUGUGAAUGGCCGCUGCAUGCAGACCCGCUGCACUCCGGGCUAUGUGUGGACGGGCCUGCGAUGCGAGAGACCCAAGAUUACGGAGCUGGGACCCGUUCACCUGGAGACGACGGUGCACAGCAAGGCAACGGGCCAAUUGGUCACGAACAACGUGAACAACGUGAAUGUGGAUGCCCCCAUCUCGAUACCCGGCCCUGACUACGAUGAGCAUGACUACGAUGUGGUGGAGGAGGAGGUGCCUGCACCGCCCAGACCAGCACCCGGACCAUGCUGCAAUGUCAUUGCUCCGCGCAUCUGCAGCGCCCCAGCCAUGGGUGGCAUGGGUGGCUACAAAUGUGCCAGCCGCAGCCAGCAGCAGUGCGGCAGCUUCUGCCAGGCCAACAAAAUGGUGCUGGCACCCGCGCAGCUCACCAGCUGGACCUCGAACAACAACCAGAUGCUUGCCAUGCCCCCGAACUGGGGACAGGGACAGGCGGCGUGCCAGGCCACUGGAUCCUGCCAACAGACUCCGAAUUACUACGAUUGCAGCGGCUGUGGAUUGGGCGAUGUGAGCACCUGCUCCACGUACUGCUACAAUUAUCGGUGCAGCGGACAUGGCUGCGCCUUCUACGAUCAGGCACAAUACUGUGACCAGUAUCCCGGCCAGAUCGGAUGCCGUCAGGAGGAUGGCUGGUUCCAGUGAGGCAGAAUAUGCCGCAGAAUAUUACCCAUGUGCCCCAUACAUUAUCAUAUUUCGCAUGAGUAUAAUUUGUCUACAAAAAUAAAGCCUCAGCUAUUAAAAUCAUUCGAAUCGCAUGGAAUUUCCUGGCUGAUAGCACCUUAAUUCGGAUACAGAAUAAAGC